GUCUCCUAGUCGACAAUCUGGUGCACGAGAUUUUCACGUCGAACCCGCGUCCUCCGCGUUUGUUGUUGUGUUCGUACGAAAGAGAAACUUGUGCGAGUGCCACCUGCUUGUCGGGAAUGUGGAAAAUUGGUUUCAAGUCUCUGCGCGCCCUAGGAAAAGGUCGUGGACGUAGUGGUCGGCGUAGUGCCCUUUGAUAUUCGUGUUGUACUCUGCAGGAUAUUUUUUGUGCGACUUACUUUGAAGAUCAGGUCCGACAAAGUUAAGCCGCAUCGGUCCAGACCUCCGCCUAAUUAAACACCCAGUGUAAACAUCGAGACCGCCUUCGAUAUAGAACGCAAACAAGGUCGCUGGUACUUUGCCCGCCGCUUCCGAAUCGUCCAAAUUGAAUUAGUGCGUCCGAAUAACGAUACCGGGGUGUUCUCGUUGAUGUGCCUAAUGCUGGCCGUCAGUGCUCCCCAUCUGAACUGUUAUGAGUAUUUCGAGUGACUGAGUUCGCUUCCUGAAACUACGACCCACCACCCCGGAGACAUGGAGACCGAGGAGUUGAUCAAGCUGGUAGAUGGGAUCUACAAGAACAUCCUGGACAAGUUCAACCCCGGGGCUAGGCAGAUGAUCAACGCUGGCAAGGCUUACCUCAAGGCGUUACAUGGUGCUGCCGCUGCCUCAAGGAUGUACGUCGACGCCAUUAGCAAACUGGCCCGCCAAGCCCAACAAGGUACUUGGGGAGGAUCUUCCGAUAUUGGUGCUGCAUUAAUGAAAAUUGUAGAAGUCUACAAGGAAAUCCAAGAUCAACAAAUGAAUAUUCUCAAAGCCUUCUACGUGGAUUUGCUGGUCCCCCUGGAGACCAACUUGGAGAAGGACACCAAAGUUGUGCAGUCGGAGCAGAAGCGGUUCUUGCAGCAGCACAAGCAACGGUCGGAGACUUACAGCAAAGCGGCCGCAAUGAUGAAGAAGCAGAGGAAGAAGUCCAGGGGGUCCACAAAGACCGGGCUCGCGAUGGACAAGGAACUCAAGAACAUGCAGGUCCUCGAGGAGGAGAAGACAAAAUUGGACGCCUUCUGCGAGCAGAGCUUGAAAAAUGCGAUGACGCAGGAGCGGAGGAGGUACGGCUUCGUCCUGGAGAGACAGUGCUCCCUGUCGAAGCACUAUUUGUCUUACUAUAGCCACGGUGUUGAGGCGUACCAGCAGAACAUUGAGAAAUGGUCGGAUGUGGCGAAGACGAGGGAAUAUCUGCCGGAGUCCGUCGAGAAUAUUUUCAGUAACAGGCUCAGGCAAAUUUCGGUGUGGCAAGACGAGGACCUUUACUCGAACCCAAGAAGUCCCAACUUCGAGGAAGAUCGUAUGAGUAUAAGUUCACAGUUGAGAAAAACUAAGAGCAUGGAUGCCUCCUGCCUGGACAUCCGCUCCAUAGAAGACGUGGGGUCGCCAGUGAACACCCUCUCCAGGGCCAAAUCCGAGUACAACCUUAAUUCGUCCAAUAACUCGCUUGCUCAAGGUAGCGGUGCCAGAAAAAAUGGUCACACGCCCAGUCGCCGUCCCAAGUCAAUGGCCGUGCCGCCGCCACCUUCGUGGGACACCCAGCUGGCGCGCGCCCUCUACGCUUACCUUUCCAGUGGAGAGAACCAGCUCAGCUUCCACGAGGGCGACCUCAUCUCCCUCAUCGGCGAAAGGAACAAGGGCUGGCAGUUCGGGGAGAACCUGAGGACCCAGUGCAGUGGGUGGUUCCCUCUAGCCUACACGGAACUCCUGGACGAUCCUACCUUAUCGCCAACGCACAGAAGUGACGCAGGUGGAUCCUCUCAACUAAGCAACGCACCCGCCACCCCCACCAACUCCGCCAACUUGAUGUCCUCGUCGGCUGUCGGCGGUUCGACUGCCGCCUCCGGUAACAGCACGCUAGAACAACCGACACCCCGUAUGUUUGGCGACACACUGCACCUACACAGAUCUUCCAAUAACGCUAAACAGAUUCGGCGAGCAAUCGGUUCUAACAACAUCCCGCCGCCAGCACUGCCGGCUCCAGUCCCGACGCCGUCGCUGCCGUACCAGAAAAACGGCGGGGGUGGCGGCAUUCCUCAAUCCCAGAGCGCCAACUUCUCCUCCGGCAAGAGCAACCUGGACCCCACUUUCCAGUCGCCGUACUCCACGGCUGGCAUCAAAUCCUCAGCCUCCACGUUCAAUUUCUCCACGGCGCCGCCAUCGGGCGCCUAUUCAACUCACCCGGCACCCUCCAGGUCGGACCGACCGACGGCCGCAGCCCCUCUACCGCUACACCUGCAGUCCAAAGGAAGCAAGAUAGGGGGGCCUGUGGGUAACGUGUCGCUCCACAGCAGCAACGACUCCGGGUUCUCCAACGACCCGCCGCCGCAACCGGAAAUUGAUUAUUCCGACGACGAUUCCAUCCCCGGUCAGACGAAAUUGCCUAGCCGAAGAAGAAUAGUAAAGGAAACGAACGGAGACGCGAACAACAACACGUUGAACAAACGCACUACCAGCAUGAGGAAAUCGAAUUCUAUAAAGCCAUCCAGAAGCCAUGGCAACCUGGUAGAUAACAGGUUCUACAUGUCCGACGACCCAGAAGUCGCGUCUAAGGAGAAAAAGAAUUUGGUGAAGAGAACCAAGUCGUUUUGGAAGUUCGGUAAAAACGCCUCUGACAACGAGAUACUGGAAGGAAUGGCCCUUUGGAGACACAGAGACCUGGUGGACGUUGACGAUGAGAAGAAUAAGAUGAGGAGGAAAAUUAACAGUCAAGAUAGGGUGCGUCGACCUAGCAGGGAUAAGUCUAACGACUCUGACAGGACUAUAAAUAACAACAUCGUCAACAACAGUGAGAAUGUCGAAGAAAAGCAAAAGGGAAACACCAAAUCUAAAGAGGUCAGACACAGCAAGAGCUUCAACGACAAGCAGAAAACCAAACAACCAACCAAAAUGGACAGGGAAGAUUACAAAAGUUACAAGAAGCCCAGUUCUCCCACUUCCAACUUCGACGAUCAAUUCUAUGACGAUGACGGUGAUGGUUUGAUGAUGAAAACCGUCAACAGAAAGAACAUCCUCCAACAAUACAGCAACGAUUCCACCGGUAGCGAAUCCGAAGCCGAGUCUGACUUGACCAGUGACGAUCCCUACGAUUCCAUCCUGAUAGACGACCAGAAGGUGAAGAAAAACGAAAAUCCCUUCCCCAACGUAGCCGAGUUGGGCAAGAAGCUAGAAAAACUGUCCAAAACCAGCAAAUUUUCACCGAACAAAGACGGCAACCAGUCCAGGAACGCCAUCCAGGAGAAGAACAACAUAAAUAACAGACUGGAAAGGAACGGUUCCAUCAAGAAUAGUCCAGAUAUGGAAAACGAAGAUAUCUACCAGUACCACGACAAGAGACACACGAACAGUUUCAAAACUUUUGGAAUAGAACCCCAGAGUAACGAAAACGACAAGAAAGAGGAGGUGGACGAGAGAUAUUACAGCCAAAGUCACAAAAGGAACGAGACUAGCACUCAAGAUAAACGACGCUACUACGCCGAGUCUAACAACAGAAACAACUCUACGGAGAGAAGAGGCCGCCCCAGCUACGAAAGCAUCGAUGGGGACGUGGAGCGUCGCAACAGAGACAACAGGAUGAUGACCAGCAACAGAAGAUCGCACGAAGAUCCCGAUAGUAAAAGGGACAAUCUCGCGAAGUACUACGAUUCCACGAACGACGAGUUGUCUGACGCUGUGGACAACAAACAGUUUCUUCCCAGGACCAAGCUGGCGAAGACGAAUAGUAACAAUUCGACUCACAGCAAGUACGAACAAGAGAUAGGGCUGAUGGAAUACGGAGAGACGUUGCAAAAGAGGCUGAAGAACCCCGAGUACAACUCGAAGUUUGACGAGAAAUCGCCGCAUAACGGGAACAUGUACGGGCCUUGGUACGACCUGUGGGGCUUGGAUUCCACCGGCACGUCACCAAGAAAGUGAAGCGGCGAUUUAAAAAUUCUCAGGAAUUUUAAAUCGCCUUUUAUCGACCAAAACGCGCCUUGUGCAUGUGCCAUUUUUGCCAAUGUCUGUCUUCCGCCUUAUUUAUUUUAUGCCGCACGUUACCAGUAUAAUUACGGUGUUGGUUCUUUGCAGGUCUAACAAUUUCGCAACCAUAAAACUCCGAAAAACUAACCCGAGCACAGCUGACCGAGCCGCUUCACUCAUAUUAGAAUAAACACAACCAUACUAAUUCAUUCACUGGUUAAUACACUUAUUAUUUUAUAUACCACACGACGAAUAAACCUGUAUUUUUUAUAUUUGUCAAUAUUCAUGCUAGUCUAAUAAUAUAGGGUAAGGUGAAGCCGCUCGCGGGUGGGGUCCUAACUUUUUCCUCGCAGCGUAGACGCGUUACAAGCCGCGCAAAUAUUUAGGACCUCGCUGUCGGGCGGCGCAUAAAGAAGAGAAUAUGCUCAUAAUAUUUUUUGAUAUCACCAUUAUUGUAUAUCUUGUGUAUAUUUCAUAGGAUGGGUUUCGGAAAAUAGUUCAUAACGACCUAAUUUAAGCUUUCCUUAUUCUGUACAUAUUUCUACACGGUGGUUGGGAGUGGUGCAAUAUAUAAAUAUCACUAAAACCGGACAAACUUACUACUGUAUUUGCUUCCGGCCCUUCAUUAAAAACUAACUAGUCCCGAAACGUCACUUCCGUUAUUGGGCUUGUGGAGUAUUAAGAGUCUAAGGGGACUGUAAAAUUUGCACUUCUUGUUAUUUACGAAGAUUGAAAUUUCGAGACUGUGAUAAGUAACUACUGUUUAAGGUGUUUUCAAGCAUGCAACUAUGCUAGUAAGUUUGAUAACUGUUGUACAUAAUCAACACUGUACAUAAGGCUAACGAUUUUUAUAAUAAAUUUGCCGUGUGAAAUUAAGAAAUCAACGAUUGAACCGCGAAUAGCGACGUUUUUAUUAGAGAAACGAAAAAAUAAAUAAUAAAUUUACUGGUUUCAAACAUUUUUUUGACAAUGUACUUUGUCGUUCAUAAAUCUUUUAAAUAUUUCAAUCUUUACCCCCUACAUACGUUACCCAAUUGUAAGUAAUUUGUUAUUAGCAUAUUACUCCAGUAACAGCCCCAUGGAAAAAAAAUCGUUGUGUGAUAGAUUAGACCACCAUAAUUAUGUUUUUGGAACCGCUGGAUCCGAAAUCGGUGUUUGCAUGAUGAAGUUAGUUACCUCCUGUUUGAGGUUAUUUCAAGGUCAACUUUUGUUUUUUAUGGUAAUGCAAUAUCUGACCUCGAAAGAGCGAAAAAUAGUAACCGCAAAAUCCGCCUGUUUUUGAGACUUUGACAGAGGCGACAGGAAAAAUCCUAAAAAUAUUCUACAAAAAUGCAAAAACU